CAGUGUGCUUGUGGUGUGAGGCGGGGAGGGACGUAUAAAUUUGCUCGCGGGGAGCAUCCAUGCUAAAUAAGUUUUUAUAAGCGUAUCGACAAAAUUUUAAUUUAUUAUCAAUGAAUAUGGACACUAAAGAUUACGAUCAUGUCAGAAACCUCACUCUUUUAUUCUUCCUUGACCGGCUCAUGGACAAGGGUCAACCGCGGACGUUGCAUGACCUAAGCUGUCAGUUUGGGACUAAAGGUUUCACUAAGGAAAUGCGCCAGAUUGCUGGUGGCUCACAAUCUGGCUUGAGAAAGUUCCUGCAGCAGUAUCCGUCCCUGUUUACCUUGGAGGAUGACUAUGUGAGUGUUACGAACUACAGCAAUGGCAUUUCCAAUCCACACGACCCAACUGGCAAACUGCUUGGCAAACGGGACUAUGCCCAGGAAGCUGUUGAUUAUUUCGUGGGUAAAUUACGCCAGUAUGGAGCUGGGACAGAAGUACCAAUCAAAUCCUUACUUGGACAUCGGUCUCAGGCGUCGCCGGAGGUGCGCCAUGUCUCAGGACAACAUGUCAAGGAGUUUCGUGAUUUUCUUGUGCGAUAUCCCGAUGUGUUUGUUGUGAGGGAGGAGACGGUGAUCCUGAAGGAAUAUGAGGGAGCGGCGCCCCAACCCUUUAAGGAACUGGAGGUGCCGCAGAUCGACCCGGUCCUCACACAGCAGGUGUUACAGUAUUGUUCUGCGGCAUUGAUUAGAGGUCCGCUCAUCAUAGAGACGCUCUUCAACGGUCUCACCAAUGCCUUCCCGAAGGAGACGCUGUCACAGAUCUGCCGCUCUAGCAGCGACCUGGCCACCUUCCUCAAAAUGCACUCCAACUCCUUCAUGGUCCAGGCCAAUAUGGUGCGCCUCGUCCGCCCUGCCUCCUCUGGACCCAACACCGGGCAUUCUCACUUCUAUCAACCUCAGUUGCAGCAGCAACAACAAUCGUCACCUCCACCACCACAGCAGCAGCAACAACAGUUACAACAACAUAUCCCUCAACAACAACAGCAACCUCAACAACAACAACCACCACAACCACAACAACCAGUCCAGAGAGGAACUUCGUCGCCAGAUCGUGAAGAAAACUUGCCCAUGUCUCCCACUUCCCCCGGGUCACCCGCUCGUCCUCACCACCACCACCACCACCAUAACCAACAACAGCAGCAGCAGCAGCAGACGCUGAAGGCUCGGGUCAACUCCUUGCUGCGAAAGACCCUGGCUGACAAUAGUGAGCGUGACCGUGUAAGCUACACGGGUGGUGGAGAGGUGGGUGGGGAAGGUGUGACGGGACGACUGCUGCGACACACGCGGGUAGUUGUGUCGGUAAGGGAGGCUCGCCAGUUGGUGAGUGCCAUUUUAGGCGCCAGACAACCUGUCAGUUUUGACGGUGAAGGCGUCAAUCUUGGACCCUCCGGGCCCAUGACUCUCCUCCAGAUAGGACUAGUAUCGGGACAUAUAUACAUCUUCGACGUCAUGGUGGAGCGAAGUCUUAUGUACGAGGGAGGACUAAGGGAGCUCCUAGAGUCUACAGACAUUGUCAAGGUAAGGACUCGCUACUGUUACCAAUACUCACUCAUUAUUAUUAUACGAACAUUAAAUUUCCUCAUAACUGUGCGUAUUUAG